CGGUCACGUGACAACACCAUUUUAACCACAUUUAAACUCUUUCCUCGGUUCAGUGUUGUAUUUAAAAAUACAGCUAUUUAAAUAUUUAAAUAUUACAUUACGCAUUUAUAUUAUUUUACGAACAAAUCUAAAUUAAUUAAAAUAGCGACACGAUUGAGAUCGAUUUUGCGCCGUGAUUACGCAGUGACGUCAUCGCGCAGUGACGUCACAACGUCCUUAAGCAACUUUUAGCAACAAAUCGACCUUCCGCUGACGCUGCGAGACUUUCCAACGGUUUUUCUGACGCGAUCCCGCGGCGGUUUGAGGGAAACUCUGUGACCGAUGGAGGGUGAAGCCUGUGGGAGGAGCAGGAGGAGGUGUUGGGUUCCACCUCCUCCCCUGAGCUCCUCUCUCUCUCUCAUUGUGUUCCCGCGCCGCGUCAGAUUCUCCGCGCCGCGCCGCUCCGCGAGUCAUGGCCGAGAUGGAAGCGGAGCGACCGGAGAACAAGCGCAGCAGAAAACCCGCUCAUCCCGUGAAGAGAGACGUGAGAGACGAGAUGAAGAGCUUUGCUGAAAACACCAUGAAUGAGUUGCUGGGCUGGUACGGCUACGAUAAAGUGGAUCUGCAGGACUCAGACGCCGCUGACGGCCGAAACCGCGUCAGACACAACCAUAUAUCUGUUCUUAAAGAGAACUCAGUGCCAAAGCCACAGGAGCGGAAGCUGCCUUCAUCAUCAUCAUCAUCAUCUUCCUCGGAGCCCGUCAGAAACGGCGAGAAGGAGCCGGCGUCUCCGUCUUCAUCCUCGUACUCCUCGUCCUCGCCGCUCAGCAUGAACGUCAUCGUGCCGCUCAUCAAACCCUCUGCUGCGGAGGACGUGCAGAGCGUGCCGAUCGUGUGCGUCUGGUGUCAGAAGGAGGGCAUGAAGCGUUAUUCUCUGCUCAUGGGCUCCGAGUUCAAGAGCUUCUGCAGCGAGAAGUGUUUCGCCGCGUGUCGGCGAUACUUCAAACGCAACAAGGCUCGAGAUGAGGAUCGUCAUGGCGACCAGUCUCCGCCCCCUGGCCAGACGCUGGACACGCCCUCAAGACUUCUGCUGAAGAUGAACAACACGCGUGUGUGUGAUUGGUGUAAACACGCACGUCACACUAAAGAAUACCUGGACUUCGGUUCGGGCGAAGAGCGCCUGCAGUUCUGCAGCAGCAAAUGCCUAAACCAGUACAAGAUGGACGUGUUUUACCGGGAAGCUCGUGCCGCCCUUGCCGGCUCCGGCUCCGCCCACAGAGACGAGGAGCCCCGCCCUAAAACGGCUGUCGCGGAAAACCAGAAACUCUUGACGCCGGAGGCCUGGGACAGACCGACGAAAACCCACUCGCCCCAAACGCCCGUCUCAGCGAGGAUUCAGACCAGCGCCCCGCCCUCUUCUCCGGAGAAGCCACGCCCACCACAUAUGCCCCUCCCCUUUGUCCACGCCCAGGUCCUUCGAAGCCGCCCUCACCCACCCCGCCCCCUCAGCCCCAUCCAGAGGGCUUCCUUUGCUCCGCCUCCUCUCCUCCAGCCUUGCCCCGCCCCUUACAUGUCCCUCCCCCCCACGUACCCGCCCCAUUUGGCCCCACCCUGGCCACAGCCAAUGAUAUUAUCACCCUACCCAGUUUUCGUUCCAAUUCCAGUGCCGAUUCCCAUUCCCAUCCCUAUUCCUUCUCAAACAGUCCACAGAGGAGUCAUUCGAAGCCUUCAGGAGCAGGAAGACGAGCGCACGCCCGAUCCGGGUCACUCGGAGGACACCAACGAGACAGUAAAGAGCGAACGAUGCGCUUCUCCUCUCUCUUCGGAGCGACAGGUGAUUCAGUGUCUCCGAAAACACAAAGAGGAAACUCCAACGCACAGAGCACUUUAUGCAUCCGUCACUCCCAGAAUCGUCAGUCCCGCCUCUUUGUACUCACUGGCUCGUUCGACCGCCAUACAAGCCGCCUCGUUUUCAUUGGACAGCUCUGACUCCGCCCUGAUUCCGUCUCCUCCCUCCGAUUGCGAAGAUGUGAAGGAGAACAGCUACUUGGGUGGGCGGGACGACGGCUCGACCAAUCGCUGGGCGGCAGAGCAGACGGACUGCCGGAGCGACCAAUCGAAAGAGAGCAGGGGGGAGGAGGAAGCGCCGCAGGAUGUAGAGCACACCUGUGCACGGUCCGUUCCGCCAAAACUACGCGAGAAAAACACGCUGAUGGCUGCACAAACGCAUUUACACACGCAGACACAAAGCUGGGAGAAAAACACAGAUCUGGGUUCUGAGCCGAGCGGACGGGACGAUCCAGAGCCCCCCGUGAAGAGACGAUGCUUGAGAAUCAGAGACCAGAACAAAUGAGGCCCGGGUGAGUCCACACACACACACACACACACAC